UGGUAUUAGUGAGAAAUGACAUUUGCGCGCAUGACAGUUAGCAUCAUCACCAAAAUGGCGUUGAAUUUGGUAGUGAAGGUUCAUCCUGUUGUUUUAUUUCAAAUUGUGGAUGCUUACGAACGCAGAAAUGCCGACACCCAUCGAGUGAUAGGAACCCUAUUAGGAUCUUCCGAUAAAGGAAUAGUAGAAGUUACAAAUUGUUUUUGCGUGCCUCAUAAAGAAUAUGACGACCAAGUGGAAGCUGAAUUGUCCUACGCCAUGGACGUGUAUGAGUUAAAUCGAAGAGUAAAUUCGAAUGAGGCUAUUGUGGGGUGGUGGGCUACAGGACAUGAAGUAACCAAUCACAGCUCUGUUAUUCACGAAUAUUAUUCCAGAGAAUGUGUAAAUCCUGUCCAUCUGACCGUUGAUACAAGUUUGCAAGGUGGCCGUAUGGGAUUAAAAGCAUACAUCUGUGUUUCAUUGGGGGUACCUAAUGGAAAACAGGGAUGUAUGUUCACUUCAAUUCCUGUAGAUGUCACCUGCUAUGACCCCGAAGUAUUUGCACUGCAACUGUGUCAAAAAACCAUAACUGCUGGAAGACCGAAAAAUGUAAAUCCCAUGGUAGAUUUGGCACAAGUUGCAGAGGCUGGUGCAAAAAUGGGUUCCUUACUAGAACAGGUACUUAAUUAUGUUGAAGAUGUAUUAGCUGAACGUCAACCAGCUAACAACGAAGUGGGACGUAGUCUUUUGCACCUUGUAAAUUCUGUACCACACAUGACAACAGAACAGUUUUCCGAAAUGUUUAAUAGUAAUGUAAAGGAUUUGCUAAUGGUCAUCACCCUAUCACAACUAAUUAAGACACAGCUCCAAUUAAAUGAAAAACUCACUCUACUGACUUCUGUGUAACAUUAUUACGAAUUUUUUUUAUUGUUUUAAUACAUUUUCAAUAAUGGAUAGCUUUUUUUACCUGUAUUCUAUUUUGCAUACAAGUUGGGACAGUAGAAAAUAUAUAAAUCGUCUGCAAUACAAAAUAAAAUUAAAUUAUUUCUAAUU